GAUGAAGUUCCCUGUGGAUCUCCUGGCUGGUGUCAGCCAAUCAGAGGUGGAGCGGUCGGCCCACGCCUACAUGAACAGCCUCCUCUACAGCGACCCUGACUGUCCGGACCAGCUCCGCCUCUCUGACUCCACCCAGAAAGGCCCCUCGUACGGGGGCCUGGGGGGAUCUACCUCCACUCCAGGCACCCUUUGUAGUUCCUAUUCAACCAGAAGCUAUCAGCUGACUGUCAUGGACUCCAUAUUUGUUAGAAAAAGUCAGCGUGGGAAUGGCUUCGGCCUCCAGAUGCUGGAGGACUUCGUGCUCGGUUCCAAAGAGGACUGUCUGGGUCUGAGGUACCCGCUCACAAAACCCAUGUAUAAAGUGUGUGAGAAGUACCUGUGCCAGUACCCAGAAGACACACAUCUGCUGUGGGAGGUAGAGAGCAUCGGGGCCCCCAACCAGAGGACCAACAUCUCGAGCAGGAUCCAGGCCAUGGAUCAAAUCGUAUCCAAGAGUCUGACGUUCACAGAGGAAUCCCUGGUGAUCACUGAAAAGGAUGUGGUGAUGGAGGCAAUAAGCACUCAAAUAAAAGAAGCUGAAUCUAUGGAAUGCACAGUUGAAAUUGUGGAGGAAGUGACCGUACUGAGCGCUACCAAAGUUUCUGAGGCGGAGGUGCCCCUUACAGCCCGGGGAAGAAGCAGUGGCUCCAAACGAAGGAAGAUGGUUGAAAAAAUUGCAGAGGAUAAGUCCGAAAAAAUAAUCAGAAUUGAGGAUAUCGAAGCAGAAACCCCCAGAGAGGAGCACGUUGCUGAAUCUCUCCAGACUGAGGAUGUGAUCAGUGUUGUGCCUGAAGAACAAGGACAGGAUGUAGUUGAUACAGAAGCAACUAUAUUGGACCAACCAGACGGAGGCGAUGCCCCCCAGGAUCUGAAUACCUGCUCUCAUGACUCUCAGAUAGCUGUUGAGAAUGUGGCAUCGGGAAUCGAGGAAGAUACUGCAGUGCUGCCGCUCUGUGAAGACAUUUCAUUGGUACCCAAGGAAGCAGAAACUCUGCACAGCGUGGAACGGGCAGCAAUAGUUGAACAGCAAGUGGUCAGUUCAUCAACACAUGCAGCAGCAGAGAACGGUGAAGCUGAAGAAACAAGAGGAGCCGUUGUAAAGGCCAAAAAAGCUGCGCAGAGUAAAACCCCCAGACGCAAAUCUACCCGUCACAGCAAGCAGGAGGAGGAGGAGGAGGAGGCGAAGGAGGGACCUGCAGCCCAGGAAGGACGGAUCUCUCUGAGAGGAAGAACUGUAGUGAGCACACCCAGAACCACACGGAAAUACACACGACGCAGCCAGAGAGUAAGGGAGGAGGUCGAUGGAGUUUCUACACCUGAAGCUGUCACUGAGGGAGAAGCACAGGAGGAAAAGACCUCCGUAAAAGAGGAUGUGGUUGUGGUGGAAGAACUGGCCGAAGACAAGCUGGAAGAAAAUGAAGAGGAGACAGAGAAACAGCAGGAAGAACUGGAGCUUACAGCAGAGACCGCAGCAACACAGGAUCACGAGGAGGAAAAGGUUACGGAUGAAUGUGAGAAAAAACAAACGGGUGAUGAGGCGUCACAAAAUAAACCAGAUGUCUCUGUUGUACAGAAGAGAGCUCUGAGAGGCAGAUAUAAAGUCGCUACCAAACAAAGCCAAGAUCACCAGCAGGUAGAAGAAGAAGAGGAAGCAGACAAAACAGAAGGAGAGGUAUCAACCGAGAAAAAGACUGUAUCGGUAGAAGAAACUGUUCCAAAGGCAGAGGAAGUUGCUCCUUCUACUGAGGUGAAGGUGGAGGAGGGCAAGGAGGUGCAGGUAGAGGAAGAGACUACAGAACCAGAGGAAGAGGCAGUCUGUGACACUGCUGUGGCAGAGGACGUGACACAAGAGCCUGACACAGCUGCUGCUGCUGCUGCUGCUUCAGAGACAGUCACACCUGAGGAGGCUCCUAGAGAGACUGGAGAGCCUCAGGAGAAGGACAUCAGCUCUGAAAUCCCCAAGCUCCAGAAAGCCACUGUGAUCUUGGUGGACAUAAAAACAACGAGCCAUCAUCUGAGUGCGAAGGAGGCAGAUGAAGCAGUGGAUGGAGAGGCUGCUGCUCCAGAAGAGCAACACGAAGAGGAGGGUGGAGGGAAGCAGGAACACAUUUCAGAGGGAUCUGCAGAGACUGACGAGAAGCAAGAGCUUGAAGACAAUUCUGAAAAAGCAGAAGAAAAACAAUCUGCCAUUGUGGCAGAGAAAGAAAUGGUUAUUGAAACAAGAGAAGAAAAGUCAGCAGAGGAAAGUGAAGGCCAGCAGCAGCAGGAGGAGGAGGAGGAGGAGGAGGACACCAUGGGGGAGGAUAGUGGUGAACAGAAGGUGGAGGAAGCAGAAACAGACCCUGCUGAGGAGGAGCAGCGUGAGGCGGAGGAAGCAGUCACAGCUCCAGAGGAGUCUGCAGAUACAGACAUCUGUGCAGAAAGAGAGGAAGACGUCCCAGCAGGAGACCACGCUAAAGAGAGUCUUCCACCAGCGGAGGAAGGUGAUGAGCCAAUGAGCCUGGAAGAGGAAGAAACACCAGUUGUAGUGACCAGAGCUCUGAGAAACAGAACCAAAACAAGCGCAGCUACACCAAGACACACAACAAGAAGCAGGAAGGAAGUGGAUGCAGAAAACAGUGAGGAAGAGGAAGAACCGGCAGUGACCACAUGGACACUGAAACGUGGGAGGGAAGCUAUCUCUGACACACCCAAGUGCAAGUCUAGAAGAAGCCGUAAACACGUCCAAGAAGAAGAGGAAAGUGUGGAGGAAGCAGAAGCAACAAAGGAAGACGUUAAACACGAAGCUCCCUCUGAAGGAGAGGAACGUUUGGAGCCAAAGGAAGGUGUCGAGAAGGCAGCUGCAGAAAAGAGUACUGAUGGAAAUAAUGAAGAAGAAGCAGCAGGGCUCCGAUCAACAGAGGAGCCACCAACAGAAGAGGACAAGGAGGAAGCCUCAGAAGCUGAUGCUGAGAAUCCUUUGGUACAAGAAGGAGAGCCUGACCUUGCUGCUGAUUCGGCUGUGCUCGCAGCUACUGAACAAGAGGCUUCAGUGGAGGAGCAACCUGGUGAGGAAACUGCCCCCCAGCUUCCUGAUCUCCAAGAGACACUGCUGGAUGACGCCCAGGAAGAAACAUCAGCAACGCUUCAGGAGAAUGCUCCUGAGCCGGAGGUGGUGAAGGUGGAAGAGGAGAAAGGGGAAGCAGUGACAGCACAAGCUACAGAAGAGGGUGAACGUUCUAAUGAAGUGGACCAGGAAGCUACAGUCAUCGAAAGCAGAACAAGGAGAAGUAGUAGGAAGCAAGCGGCCGAAGCCACGCCAAGAACCGGAGCAGCGAGAAGCAGACAGAAAAAGGGGGAUGGAGAAAAGGAGGCAGCUUUUGAAACCCAGGAGGAGGAACCGGCUGUUCAAGUCAGGGUUCUGAGGAGAGGAAGGAAGAAGAGUAUCCCUUUUGCACAGACAAGAACAAAAAGCCCCAAGAAACCUGAAGAAGAAAAAGAAGAAGAGGGGGGAGAUGUUGCAGAGGAAGAGGGGAAAGGGACAGAGGUAGAGAAAGAGAAGGUGAGGGGAGAGGUAAAGGGAGAGGAAGAAAAGCGGGAAGAGGUUUCUGCAGCAGGAGAUGAAGAGUCAGAGAACGCAGAACAGGCGGUUGAUGAGGAGCAGGGGGGGGGAGGGGAGGAAAGGGAUGAACCUGUCCCAGAGGAAGAGCAGGCAGGCGAGGACACAGAGGCUGCAGAAGAAGCUGUCCCAACACCGGAGACAGUGGAGGAGGAACAGCCAACCUCCACAUCUGAAGGAGCAGUGAGUGCCCAGGAGACCAUGGAGACAGCAGAGGACGACAAGGCCAAAGGUGCGAGGUCUGAGGAGGAGGAAGCAGCAGGAGACACACCUACUGUAGAACAACAAGAUGACGAGGAAGAGGAAGAGGUAGCUGGAGGAGAAAGCGCAGAAGAAGAAGAACCACAAGUAGCAACAAGAGUUCUGAGAGGUGGAAGGAAGUCUGCUGCAGCGAGACGUUCCUCCAAGAGAGCCCGCACACAGCGGCAGACAGAGGAAGGAGCUCCUGAAGAGACAGAAGCAGAGGAAACGGAAGCUGUGCCGCAGGAAGCUGCAGACACAGAGGUCAGCACAGACGAGAAAAUCGAGGAAGAGGAUGGAGAGGAAGCUGCAGCUCAGGAAGAACUUACAGAGGUAGAGAAGGGAAAAGAAGAACCUGUGGCAGAGCAAGAGACGGUUGGAGAGGAGGAGUGUGCUUCUGUUGAAGAAACAGCUGCAGACAGGCUGAAUGCUCGACAACAAGAUGACGAGGAAGAGGAAGAGGUAGCUGGAGGAGAAAGCGCACAAGAAGAAGAACCAGUUAUAGAAACAAGAGUUCUGAGGAAGGGAAGGAAGUCUGCUGCUGCAGCACCUAGCCGUACAUCCAGAAGAGCCCAACACCAGAAAGAGGAAGAAGCUCCUGCACCUGAAGACACGCAAGCAGAGGAAGAGGAGGAAGCAGAGGAAGAAGAGGCACAGCAGGAAGAGGAGGGAGCAGCAGUGCCUGGAGAAGACAGUGAGGAGGCUGAGGAAGAGGAGACAAACACAGCUGAGGAAGAGGAGAGCACAGUCAUUGAAGGAUCUGCUGCAGAGGCUCUAAGUGAAGAUGAAUCUGGGAAGGAAGAGGAAGAAGCAGAAAGAGCUCUCAGGAGAAAAGUGGAAACACCUCCUUCAUCCUCUCCAAAAUCCAAAAGACAGAAAGACAAAGAAGUAGAGGACUCGCCGCGGAGAUCCGUACGGAAGAGGCCAAGAGUGGACUACAGUGAGAACGAUGAG